AUGGUUGAUUUAUACGGCCGAUUGAGCCGUUUGGAUGAAUCAUUACGCUUCAUCCAGAGUAUGUCAUGUGCCCCGAUUGCUGAAGCAUGGGGUGCACUGCUAAAUCCUAACACGAUUUAUAAAAAUGUGGAAAUGGCUAAACUUGCGUCUAGAAAGAUGGAGGAAUUAGAGGCUAACAAUGAAGGUGCGUAUGUGGAGUUGUCCGUAUAUGUGGAGUUGUCGAAUGUUUUUGCGGAUUUUAAGAAUUUGAAUGGUGUUGAUGUUGUGAGGCAUAAAAUGAAGUCAAAAGCUGUUGUCACGAAUUAA